GAGCACCAUUCGUAUAAGACCGGUGUUGUGUCGAGAUGUGUUUCCCCUAGUCCCCGCCCCCGUCCGAAAUUACCCGAAAAGGCCCUCUGUUCCAUAGGAAAGGAGGCUCACACAUCUUUCAAAUUCAUACUGCUGACUUAUUUCCCCACAAGAGAUAAGUGCUGUGAUUUUCAGGCUGAUAUCAUUCAAUUUGACCAUUUAGAACAGGGGGAACGCAUCCUGACAGCUUGGAAUAUUACUGUCAGAUACUGUUCCCCCUCUGUUCCAUAAGAAAGGAGGCUCACACAUCUUUCAAAUUCAUACUGCUGACUUAUUUCCCCACAACAGAUAAGUGCUGUGAUUUUCAGGCUGAUAUCAUUCAAUUUGACCAUUUAGAACAGGGGGAACGCAUCCUGACAGUCAUUAUCUGGGACUAGGGGAAACACAUCUCGACGGGGAAACAGAUCUCGACACAACACCGGAAAUGAAGUUGCGCUAGACCGUGAUAACGAUACAAACCAGGACCCUCUCCAUCUAAGUAAAGCAGGCUUCCGGACAGCAGUCAGAGACCAACAGCUCGCCAGCUACCCGACGGCUGCUACUAUAUACAGGUCGGACUGACUUUGACCACGAUGGGCAUAAAAGACCGGCCUCAGUGCUACUUUGAUGUGGAGCUCAACCGGGAACCUGUUGGGCGAAUCGUUUUCCAACUGUUCUCCGACCUCUGUCCCAAGACAAGUAAAAACUUCCUCUGUCUCUGCACAGGAGAAAAAGGAACUGGCAAAACCACAGGGAAAGAGUUGUGCUACAAAGGCUCCACGUUCCACAGGGUGGUGAAGAACUUCAUGGUCCAGGGAGGAGACUUCACUGAAGGCAAUGGAAGAGGGGGGGAAUCGAUAUACGGGGGCUACUUUGAAGACGAGAACCUCCUUCUCAAACACGACAAGGCCUUCUUGCUGUCCAUGGCCAACCGCGGCAAGGACACCAACGGUUCCCAGUUCUUCAUUACUACCAAGAUGGCGCCUCACCUCGAUGGGGUGCACGUGGUGUUUGGGCUGGUCAUCUCCGGCUUCGAGGUGAUCAAGAAGGUGGAGGGUCUGAAGACGGACUCGGCCAGCCGGCCCUACGCUGACGUCAGAGUGGUGGACUGUGGGCAGCUCUUCACCAAGUCCGCCAACGACGUGCUCGAGGGCAAGAGAAAGCGGGCCUCUCAGUGUGCAGACCUGUCCCAGAGCCGCCAGGGGUCUUCCUCUGGCUCGGACCCCCACGGGGAGGCUGGCACGCGCACGCGCUGCAAGCGCAGGAGGCGCAACGCAAGCAAUCGCUCGGAGAACACAACCAUAAACAGUGACCCAAUCCUCUCCGAUCAAGGUCCCGUGGAGGGGGACCUGGAGGAGGGAGGGUACGAUGAAGACGAGGAGGGAUGGAAGGAGCAUGUUGGGAAGAGGAGCAAAGCUGUGGUGAGGCCGGAGGAGAUUCCACCCGUCCCAGAGAACCGCUUCCUGCUGAGGCGGGGCAUGGCGUUGCAGGAGGGGUUGCCAGAUCUGAGAACGGAGCAUGACGAGUCGUCUGUGCCAUGUGACCUGAAGCCCACGGUCACCAAGUCUGGGCGCAAGAUCAAGGGAAGAGGGACAAUGAGAUACCACACUCCCACUCAGUCCAAGUCUCGCUCGGCCUCGGCAGAGGAGCCAGGCAGCAGCGAGACCCCGCCCCACUGGAAGGAAGAGAUGAAGAGGAGCCAGGUGUACCACCCCCCCAGCGCCGAGAGGUGGAGCCGAGGGGACCGGCUGAAUGACCAUUCUUCAACCAGAUGGGGCGACAGGAGUGACUCUGCAUGGUCCCGUUCCCAGGACGGCUCCCCUGGCCAGGAGUCCAAUCGGUCCAGCCUACACCUCCCAGCCAAAAAGGAGAAGAAAAAGUCAAAGCGCAAGAAAAAAAGCAAGAAACGAAGGCAUGCCAAAAAGAAGUUCUCCAAGAGCAAGCCUCCGGAGCCGCUCACCUCGGGGAGUGAGCGGUCUCUUUCCUCAGCCAGACAGUCCCAGCUAAGGGGACCUCUCUCAGCUCCCUGUCCUGGACGCACACUGUCCAGUAAGAGGUCAUCGCCUCCUUCCUCCAGAAAGUUGCGCUCCUACUCCCGGUCCAACACAUCCAGCCAUUCCAGAUCUCAGAAAGGGUCACGGUCCUACUCGAGAUCAAGAAGUUUAUCGAGAUCUAGAAGCCGUUCUAGGUCGCUUUCCAGAUCAAGAUCUCAGUCCUAUUCCCACUCUCGUUCUAGAUCCAGGACGAGAGCGCGAUCUAGCUACAGAUCCAGGUCUGUGUCAUGCUCCAGGAGGAGGACUUCCUCUAAAUCUCCCAGAAAAAGUAACGAGAGCAAGUUGAGGACACGGAAAUUGACUCAAGUGCAAGCAAAGAUUCCAGAGCCCAAAGUCCCACCUGUGGCGGGUGUUCCUACAGUUCCAGUUCCCGAAACUGUCCCGGUAAUCCCACUCAGUGACAGUCCUCCACCCUCUCGCUGGAAGCCAGGUCAAAAGCCCUGGAAGCCGUCCUAUGUCAAUAUUCAGGAAAUGAAAGCAAAUCCAGGCUCCACUCCCCCGUUCCCCUCUGGUCAGGAGCCUGUUGUUGGGAUGGUUCUGGUCCAAACAGUAGCUACCCCAAAGAUUACCCAAGGGGACUCGCAGAGUGGGUACAGUCCCAAGGCCCGCCGACCCCCAACACAGCGCUCCCCCAGCGGUUCCUCAAGUGGCUCCUCCAGGGGUCGGUCGUACAGCCGCUCAUUCAGUCGCUCCCGGAGUGGGGGUAGAUCUAGGUCGGGGUCUAGGUCUCCCCAUAAACACCGCAGCAGAUAUGCAGUGUGUAGCGGAUCAGACUCCAACCACGACUCACACAAGAGGGGUAAAGACAGGAAGAAGUCUAUGGAAAAAGAGUGGAAGAAAUAUUACAGUUCUCUAAAGAGAAUCAAGAAUUUAGAUAAGUACAUUUCCCUUUCUUGUAAUCAAAGUCCCAAUUCAGGUGCCAUAACGGGUGGUGAGAACAGCCCGAAUGUCAAUGGUACGAAAAGUGAAAGAGUAUCAUCUAUAAAGGGGGAGGAGAACCAUUCUGAAGGUCACCAGGUAAAGCGUACCAAUUCAAUGUCCAACCCGAACAGCAGGUCUGAAUGGGACAGCGAUGGAGACAAAGAGGGCCAAGCAAACAGUACUGGUGCAACUCAGAAGCCCAACCCAGGAGCCAGUGAAGCCCUUCAGAGAAAGCUGUCUGUCCUGGCUGGGUGGGAUUCAGACAGCGAUUCUGAACACCUUCUAGCCAAGACCUCAGCCUCUGAGAAGGAGGAAGGGGAGGCCAGCUCGGAGUCGGAGCGAGAGGCUGGCUCCAAGCCUGGAUCAAAGGCUCUUCCCAGGAGCGCAAAGAAGGUCACCCACUUGGAGAAACGCAAGAGCAAGAAGUCCAAACGCAAACAUAAACGCAAAAGGAGAGGAGAGACCAAAUCUGGCUCCGGACACCCCAAGGACAAGGCAAAGAGAUCCAAAAGGAAACGCCACAAGUUGAAGGAGACCUUUCACUGGCAGCCACCUUUAGAGUUCGGAGAAGAGGAUGAUGAGGUCGAAAACCGGAAAGAGAAACGGGCAGAGAAGCAUAAUAUAUCUGGAGUUGAAAGCACUAAAACACCUGACCAUGUGCGUAGCAAGGAACACAAUAUCCCUGCUUCUGGUAACAAUGGUUCGACAAAAACUCCAUCCAACCGGAGAGAAGAACAGGUGCAUCUCAGACCAAGAGGCUCUGUCCAUGAGAAUCACCCCAAAGAGAAACUGCUUGAUCAUCCAUCCUCCAACAGUAUCGCCCAGGCUCAGACUUCAUCAGCGGAUGAUAUGGACAUCUGUACUCCGGAGCAUGAUACUGAGUCCAUAGUAGAGCCUGUGUUAAACACAACUCCUGAUUCAACCCUGACAACUAUUAUCAACUCGGUGAGUAAGACCACCCAGGACGACACGCUUCAUAACCAAGUUCCACCCCCGGCAAUCUUUGACAUCAGUUCCCACUGCGCAGCAGUGGGAACUAUUCUGGACCUGAAAUGGAAGCCCUUGAAAGGAACGACGCCGUUAGCGUUAGCCAGUCUUCUGGCGGUCUCCUCUAAGAGCAGCCGCCCGGCGGAGCACCUGACGCCCCGGUCCCAGGGGGUCAAGAUGGAGAUCAAAAGCAAGAGCCGGGUUCGACCAGGCUCCCUCUUCGACGAGGUGCGGAAGACGGCCCGGCUCAACCAGAGGCCCCGGAACCAGGACAGCUCCAGUGAAGAGGACUCCCAGGCUGGGUCCAGGGAGGAGUCCCACACACCCUGGAAGUCCGGUUCCAUGUCCAGCCACCGGUCUCGCUCCAGAAGCCGCUCCCUUUCCUACAGCAGGUCUAGAAGUAGAUCUCGCCGCUCCAGCUACAGCUCCAGCAGUCGCAGUAGGAGUCGGAGGAGAGGCGGCCGGAGGCGCUCACGCAGCCGCAGCAGCACGUAUCGGAGCUACCGCAGUCACAGACGGACCUACAGCAGGAGCCACUCCAGGAGUCGGUCCUACACCAGGAGGUCCAGGUCGGACUCUGAUGACAGUGCCUCCUCCAGGAGCGCCAGCAGGAGGUGCAGGCGCCGCCGGAGGAGCCACAGUGACCGCAGUUCGGAGCGGCGCUCGUGGUCCUCUCCCUGGUCUAGCCGUAGCUCCUCCAGACACAGGACCCUCAGCAGGGGCAGCCGGUACAGCUGAGGCCCAGAACCAGACACCCUCCUCUCUGGAUGUCUGGAGACCACGUGGACCAGCUCUACCAAUCAUCAGGGAAUGUUCUACGAUCCGUUUCUUCCAGAAUAUUAUUUUCGGACUGUCUUUGUUUUUACUACCUUCCCCACAAGUUAAAGGAACGUCCCUCCCUGUAAAUGUUUGUAAAUAUUUUUGAUUGUAAUUUCUUUAUUAAUUGUUAAUAACCAAAUUGUCAGGACUCUCUAUAUAUAUAUAUAUAUAUAUAUAUAUAUAUAUAUAUAUAUAUACUUUUUUUUUUUUUUAACCUCUACCACAACAUGGUGAACAGGGUUGAAGAGAAGCGCCAUACCCUUCCCAGGGUCAAUUGCUUUCUCUAAAUAUUUUUUUACUGAUUUCAAAGCAUUUUUUUUCCUCCUCAAACCUAACUGCAAACCUACGAUCAGUUUGUAGGAGCUUUUAUUGUUUGUCUUGGUUAAGAAUGUAGCCUGCUGUGUUAAAUAGGAUGACUCUAAUUUGAAAUAGAUUUGUAACAUGGAGACCAAAUAAACAGUCCCAACCUGAAAUUCUUUUCUGUGUGGUUUGUAGGAGAAUUGCAUAGCCUAGAACCGUGGUACACUCAUGACAUUUCUUAAUUCAACAUGUUUACUGUUGACGCGUCAUUAACAAGCUGGAAUUACAAUAAAAUAAAUGAAGGCAUAUUUUGUGGAUUAGUUAAACACACACCCUCCAAGGCUCAGCUCGUCAGAUUGAAGGUUUUAAUUGAAGAAUCUCUAUUCAUUGUCUCUGCUAUAUAUAAUGGAUUUAGGAGAAUCCCAAUAAUGUAGCCGUCUAAUUCUCCCCAAAGCCAAGCACUUCAUCACAACGAGCGAGAGGCAGACAAACGGGAUAAAUUAUUAAUCGCGCUCUGAACUAAUUGAAAUCUGGUUCCUUCCUUGCCAAUAUUUGCAUAUCCUAAAAGCUCACUUUCUUCAUCUCUCCCAUGCUUUCACCAUCCCCAAAACAUUCAAUGCUUUUCAU